CUUCUUCUCUAUUCGGUCUCCCUUUUCUUUCUCCAACCAACUUUCUCUUCUCCUAUUCCCUCCUUUCCAAUUAUUCGUUUCCUAAAAGUUACUAUUAUAUCUUCUCUUUCUGCUUUCGCGCGCUCAUGUCAGAAGACAAAGUAGAAUGAAAUGAAGUCUUUCGAUUCUGUAACUCACCAGGGUUUUAUCUUGCCAGACCCAAAGAAUAGGUUGUUCCUUUGGAGUGUCUUCCUCGUGGUUUCCUUGAUUUCUGGUGCAUAUUUCGUUGGUAAUGCAUUCUUUGCAAAGGAAUACAAACAAAGAUUAGCACGAUGGGGACUAAUUCAUACAAUGCCAGAUUCAAAAUUUAAUUCUUGUAAGAGACAAUGCUUGCCUUUUGGAAGUGAGGCAUUGCCUGAAGGAAUUAUUGCUAGAACAUCUAACUUGGAAAUGCGGCCCUUAUGGGACUCUGGUAAAGAUAAUGCAUACAAGUCAAGUUUCCCUCUUGAUUGCCUUUCAUGCGAUCAGGGAAUUUUAAAGCGCCCAUUGAACUUGUUGGCUAUGGCAGUAGGACUUGAGCAAAAAGAAAUUGUCAACAAAAUUGUUGAAAAGUUCUUGUCAAGUGACUUUGUUGUGAUGCUUUUUCACUAUGAUGGUUUUGUGGAUGGAUGGAAGAGUUUAGCUUGGAGUAGUCGUGCCAUACAUGUAUCUGCUAUCAAUCAAACAAAAUGGUGGUUUGCGAAGCGGUUUUUGCAUCCAGACAUAGUUGUUGAAUACAAUUAUAUAUUUCUUUGGGAUGAGGACCUUCUUGUUGAUAAUUUUGACCCAAAAAGGUAUUUAUCUAUUGUUAAAGAAGAGGGACUUGAGAUAUCACAGCCAGCUCUGGAUCCUACCAAAUCUGAAGUACAUCAUCCACUGACAGUCCAUAAAGCAGGAUCAAAAGUUCACAGAAGGUAUUAUAAAUUAAAAGGUAGUGGAAGGUGUGAUGACAAAAGCACUGCUCCUCCUUGCAUUGGUUGGGUGGAAAUGAUGGCACCAGUGUUUUCUAAAAAGUCUUGGCAGUGUGUAUGGCAUUUGAUCCAGAAUGACUUAAUCCAUGCCUGGGGCCUGGAUAGGCAGCUUGGCUAUUGUGCACAGGGAGAUCGAAUGCAAAAUGUUGGUGUGGUUGAUUCUGAGUACAUAGUUCAUCUGGGUCUGCCUACUCUUGGGGGCUCAAAUGGCAAUGAGGCACCAUCAGGCUCCUCAGGAGAUAAUAGAGCUAAAGUUAGGAUGCAGUCAUACAUUGAAAUGCAGGUUUUUGGUAAAAGGUGGAAAGAUGCAGCAGAGAAAGACAAAUGUUGGAUUGAUCCAUAUGAAAAGGCAAACAAGACGGGCCAUUAGUGUAUUUUGUGAGGCUUUAAGUGAUCAAAGUCCAAGUACAGUGUCCAUGUUCAUAAUCAGCGUUUCAAAUUGACACAUGUCACAUGGCAUCCGAUUUUGGUUUUUGAUUUGAUAUCUCAGGUGUGGGAUUUCGUAAGAGUUUGCAGGAACAUUGCUUCCUUGACCAUUAUUUUACUUUCGUUUUGCCUUCACGCCAUUCAUUUCCUUAAACAUUGGUGUGCAUUGGGUUGCAUAGAGUUCUUUAUAUGGCAGCAGAAAAAUGUGAGGCAUAGAUUUUUUUUUUUCCUCCGUGAAGGUCAGGUCAAUGUAAAGCGGUUGCUUGUAUGAAACAAUCAUAUUUUCUCGGCUCCAAUUAGCUUUAUACCUUAUUCUUGGUA